ACAUGGUGGACGGACGCCGAGAGUCAUGAGAGCGCUGGGAAAGUUUCUGGAAGGCGGAUGGCGGACGGUCAGCGUGUCUUUCACCCCCGUGUGUUCCCGAGGUCGCGCUAGUUUCUCCGGGCGGUUUGGAAUGCUUCAGGGCGCGUACUGAGCGCUCUGUUUGGGAUUGAAAGAGAGGGCUGAGGUGCAGGAGCUUCCCCCGGUGUGUAGCGGCCCGUCCCGCCGGCGCUAUGCCGUGGCUCAGCGGCUCUAAGCGGGGAGAGAGCUCGGAGCUGCCGCUGCCCGCCGGCUGGGAGGAAGCCCGGGAUUACGAUGGCAGAGUGUUUUACAUCGACCACAACACCAGGCAGACUUCGUGGAUCGACCCUAGAGACAGGAUCACCAAACCCCUGACGUUCGCCGACUGCGUGGGUGACGAGCUCCCUCUGGGCUGGGAGGUGGUGUGUGACCCGCAGGUCGGCGUCUACUACAUCGACCACAUUAACAAGACCACGCAGAUCGAGAACCCUCGGACGCAGUGGCGGCAGGAGCAGGAGCGCAUGCUGAAGGAGUACCUGGUGGUGGCCCAGGAGGCCCUCAAUGCCAGGAAGGAGAUGUACCAGAUCAAGAAGCAGAGGCUGGAGCUGGCGCAGCAGGAGAUGCAGCUCUUCAACCAGCUGAGCCAGGAGGAUACCCGCUCCGUCACCAGCUCUCACUCCGGCUCGUCCUCCAGCGCUAAAUACGACCCCGACCAAAUCAAAGCGGAAAUCGCCUGUAGGCGUGAGCGGCUCUGUAAGCUUAAACAGGAGCUGGCGCAGAUGAGACACGAGCUCCAGUACAAGGAAAUGGGAGUGGAGACGCUGCAGGAGAUCGACCGGAAGAUGUCGAGCAGCCAGAUGAGCUACAAGCUGGACGAAGCUCAGGCCAUCUUCAACGAACUGCGCAGCAUCAAGAAGGCCAUCAGCUCGGGCGAGAAGGAGAGGCAGGACCUCAUCCAGAGCCUGGCGACGAUGACGGGGAAUUUUCACAGCCUCUCCAUCACCGACCCUGUGAACGAGGUGGGCGGCGGCAGCGUGGCUCCGCCCGACACGGGCAUUGCGCAGCAGUACACGGACGCCGGCUGUCAGACUGACCUCAUCGGAGAGGAAUCGUCUCCGUUGGUCGACAAAGUUCGGCUCACCUGGCAGUACGAAGAGGCCAAGAAGAAAGUGACCAGUAUCCAGCACCAGUUGGCGAAGCUGGACGGCGAGAGCUGGUCGGGCCGGGCCGAGGCCGAUCGGGACCGGGACUGUCUGCAGCUCCUGAAGGAGAAGGAGGCGCUGCUGCAGGAUCUGAUGCUCCUCGGCCAGCAGCGCCACCCCCCGGAGGUCCUCGCCCAGCUCGACGAGGAGCGGCGCCGCCUAGAGGAGGAGGUGCAGAAAGCCCAGAGCAUCCAGAGCCAGGGAGCCAAUCAGAGGAUACUUCAGCAGGAGAAGAGGAACGUGUUAUUAAGACAGCUGGAGGAAGCGACUCGCAUCACCACUUAUCUUCACUCUCAGCUCAAGAGCCUGUCGGCCAGCACCCUCACCAUGUCGUCCAGCAGCAGUCGUGGCUCUCUGGCCUCCAGCCGGGGCUCGUUGACGUCCAGCCGCGGCUCUCUGAGCUCCCUCAGCUUCACCGACAUCUACGGCGUGCCCCAGUACGAGGCCUGCGUGGACGUGCCCGAGCCCGCCUGGCGCUACCCCAUGCCCGCCGACGCCCCGUGCGCCAACAGCCCGUCCGUGUUCGGGCCCAAGCGAGCCCAGGAGACGCCGCAGUCGCUCACCUCGCUCUCGUCGCGUUCCUCUCUGUCCUCCCUGUCUCCUCCCGGCUCCCCCAUGGACACGCCCUAUCACUCGGGCCCUCCGGACUGUCCCCUCACCCAGAUGACGGAGGAGUACAUGGAGCUAGCCGGGCGUGGCCUGCUGAUCGAGGGCCUUCGGUGUCAGACUUACGGUCAGACCCAGCAACAGGCGAAUGUGACCUCGGAGGGAGAGGCGGGAGGCUCCUCCGCCGCCCACCUGCUGGAGGUCAAGGGCAGUCGAGACGGACUCUACAGCUCUGCAGGAGUGACCAUGCGCUCUAACAGCGUGAAGCGGAGCGGGCGUCGUAGGGCUCGUCGGGUCUCGGCCGGCGUGAACGAGGACGUCCUGGCCACGGACAGCGGGGUGUUUGAGGCCUGGAGCAGAAGCAGAACGGAGGAGGCAGAGGAGAUCAUGUUCACCCGAGAUGCCCUCAGCGCCCCCGAAUUCCCUCAGGUCCAGUUGGGACUCCUAUACGAUUCCAGCUCCAUGUCUCUGCUUCUGCACGUGCUCCAACUGAGAAACGUGACCAAGGCUGCUGUGAGAGAGGGCUACAAAGUCUUCGUGAAGGUGAACGUGCUGCCCGUGGACCCCAGCCGGCCGUGCACCUACUACUGCUGCAAAGCGCAGGAAGCGCGGUCGACCGUCAGCUUCAACGAGGGCUUCCAGAUCCCAAUUCCUGCGGGGGGCGCUCUUUCUCACGCCCUGCACCUGCAGCUCUGUGUGGUCGGGCCCCUGGGGCACGAGGAGCUGCUGGGCUCGGCUCAGGUGCCGCUGGCUGAUUGUGCGGGCACCGCUGAGAUGAUCUACCAGUGGCAUCGUGUACAUCUUCUGCAGCAGGAGAACCACAGAGCCGAACCCAGGAACCUUUGCCAGCCCGGGCACAGCGUGGACGAGGAAGAGGAGGAGGACGAAGGUCACGUCAGAGCUCAGGCGUCUGCAGGAGCUCAGCUGGACGGGGUGAAGAGGGAGCUGGAUCUGAGUGAGGAGGAACUCGAGAGGAAGGAGGAGCGGGGAGAAGCUGCAUCAGAGAGAAGCUGGCAGGCCGAGUCGGUGGACAGCGGUUGCAGUAACAGCACAGCGUUCGUCUCUGCGUGUCCCGAGGGUCUGUGUGUGGAGGGGUUGUGUAUAGCCACCGGGGGGCGCUGCGUGCACCACUCAGACCGGCCCCUCGUUAUCAAGGUGGACAAGGCGACCAACACGGAGAUGAUGCGCCUGCAGCCUAAAGAGAGGCCGGGGCGCUGGAGCCACGCCCCUCCGUUUCUGCGUACCAGCACGCUGUCGCGCUCGCACACGUUCUCGCCCGGAGCUCGCAGUCAGUACGUGUGCAGGUUGUACCGCAGUGACAGCGACAGCUCGACUCUGCCGAAAAAGUCUCCGUUCAUCAGGAACACCCUGGAGAGGAGAACCCUGAGAUACAAGCAGCAGCCCCACCCUUCCUCCCUGGCCGAGCAGCCCACCCGUACCUCUCUGGAUCUGGAGCUGGACCUCCAGGCCUGUCGAACCCGGCAGAGGCAGCUGAGCGAGGAACUGAACGCGUUACGGGAGCUGAAGCUGAGGCUGGAGGAGCCACACCAGGGUGCCCAGGGUCCUCAGGGUGCCCGUGGCCCAGCGGACCUUCCACAGUGGGUCCUGAGAGACGAGCGCUUCCGGAAUCUUCUCCGAGAAACUCACAGACAGGCGAUGCAGAGCCGACAGGAGCAGAGGCAGGAGGAGGCGGCCGAACGAAGAUUAAGAAAAGCCUCCAAAGAAGUGCUGCAGAUGAGGGGCCAGAGCCACAAGGAGCCGCUUCCUGUGCACACGUUCAGAGAGAAGAUGGCUUUCUUCACGAGACCAAGGUUCAACAUCCCGCCUCUGUCAGCCGACGACGUGUGACGUGUGACCCCCCAUCAGGACGCGGCGCCUUCAGAUGUGAAGUGUUUGUGUUCACGCCCACGAAGUCACGAGAACGAGCGUGUCCUUAUUUCAUGAAGCUGCGGACAAGUGUGCAGGAGCUCAGUGUGUAACCCUAACCGCCCUCCCUCCCUCACACACACACACACACACACACACUCACACACACACACACACACUCACUGAGCAUUUUAUUAGGUACUACAGUACCUAGACUACAGUUACUACACUAGAAUAUAAAUGUGCUUUCCGGGUAUUCAACUACUGACAAAAUAUAAAUGCAACUGUGUGAGUGUCAUGUGAUCCGAAAUUGUCCUAUGAUAAAAGGCUAUAUGUUUCUUAUAAAGAGAUGAGUACAUUUAAACAGUAUUUUAAUAUCCUAACAACACUGCUGCACCUGCUACACUCAUCACCCUGUAAUAUGUCAGUAAUUGUAUACCCAAAAAUGUCAUCUGUAUUAUAGGUGUAGCUUAUACACUGAUCAGCCAUAACAUUAAAACCACCUCCUUGUUUCUACACUCACUGUCCAUUUUAUC